AGGAAGUACAGUAGAGAGAUACCCAGAAAGACUUAUAUAUCCCUUCUUAUUGCGAUUGCCGUCUAUCUGCCUCCCGGAGGCUUUCGGUGACCAUUUUGGAAGGUCAUCUCUUUUCUCUUCAAUUCAAUUUUUUGGAGACACUGGGACAUCAUGUGUACGGGUGACUGUGCAAAGUUUAUCGGGGUCGCCCUGUACCCCUUCUGUGUUUUAUGUAUAGUCUGUAACAUUAUCCUCCUGUUCCCCGGGUGGAGUACAGACGCCGUGAACAAUCCCGGAGAAAAACUCACGGAGGAAGUUCUGUACCUCGGCGGCUUCUUUGGUAGCGGAUUCCUGGUAUUAAUUCCAGCCAUCUGUAUUCAAUGUGUGGGCCAACGUAGAACAUGCAACAACCGAUGUGGGAUGUUGGUCUCUGCGGUCCUGGCAGUGGUGGCAGUGGGCGGCUCCAUCUACGGCUUUGUGACAUCCCUGCUGGGCCUGAUCCGGGGACCUAAGUGCUACUACCAGUUCAUCACGGGAACUCAGCGCUGGACUACCCCCUUCAAACUGGACACAGAAUUCAUUGAUUUGGACCGGAGUUACCUCUUCCACAGGGAAGUCUGGACUCGCUGUACCAUGCCCGAAGGUGUGGUGGAGUUUAACGUCAUCCUUUUCGCCACCAUUAUGAUAGCGAGUGUAAUUCAGAUCGUGCUGUGUCUAAUCCAGGUGAUAAAUGGGUUUUUCGGCUUUCUCUGUGGGACCUGUCAAAGAAAGGUUUGAACAAAGUUCCAUCCUGGAAAAGAACAAACCUGAUGACCCUCAGCCUUCCCCACAGUCACAUAUAGAAACAGAAUUUGAGAAGGGCUGUUAUACAGA